CCUCCACCCCCUCCCCCGAGCAUCCCCGUCUGCCCCCCUAGCAACACCUCAGAUCCAGCCUUGCGUCCUGUCCCCCUCCAACAUGCGGAACAUCCUCCAAACCGUGUUGCGUUUAAGGGUUUAGGAUGUGUGGAGGGUUUUACAUUCUUAUUGGAGCCAGACAAAAAAACUCAACCUCUGCUUUUUUACAUCUCUAGGUUCUUUCAGCUCAUUGCUGGGUAAUACCCUCUCUCUCAGACAGAUAAGACUGAAGUCUUCAGAAAGAGUAAACCAGAGAAGCUGCUGUGGUGAUGGACUCUGUCUCCAGAGCUUGUGACAGGAGGAGUCCUCUGUUCCUCACCGCCUCCUCCUCCUCCGACCCCCUCCAUCACGCCCACGUGUCAUUGCUUCCCAGCAGCAUGAAGAAGAACAGGGCUGCAGGUCCGGGAUCGUCCUGCUCCCCUGUCCCGCCCACAGUGGCCAUCCUGGGUUCAGGAGACUUCUCCAAGUGUCUGACCAUGCGCCUGCUGCGCUGCGGCUUCCAUGUGGUGGUGGGCAGCCGCUACCCCAAACUAGCAGCCCACUCAUUUCCUCAUGUGGUAGACGUGACCCACCAUGAGGACGCCGUGGGGAAGGCCGACAUCGUGUUCCUGGCUAUCCGCCGCGAGCACUACUCCUUCCUGUGGGACCUCAAGCAUCUACUGGAAGGGAAGAUCCUGGUGGAUGUUAGUAACAACAGGAGGGUGAAUCAGUAUCCAGAGUCUAACGCCGAGUACCUGGCUUCACUGCUCCCAGAAUCCUUUGUGGUCAAAGGCUUCAAUGUGAUCUCAGCCUGGGCCAUGCAGCAGAGCUGGCCCAAAGACGCCAGCACUCAGGUCUUCAUCUGCAGCAACUCGGUGGAAGCACGCCAGCAGAUUAUGGAGUUAGCUCGACAGAUCCACUUCCAGCCGGUGGACAUGGGCGACCUGUCUUCGUCCCGGGACAUCGAGAAUGUGCCCAUCCUGUUGUUCCCCGGCUGGAAAGGGCCCGUCCUCGCCACCGUGGCCCUCUCCAUCUUCUUCUUUGCUUACUCUUUUGUCCGGGACAUAAUCCACCCGUAUGUGAAGUAUAAGCAGAGUGACUUCUACAAGAUCCCUGUAGAGAUCGUCAAUCGGACGCUGCCUACUGUGUCCAUCUCCCUCCUGGCCCUGGUGUACCUGGCGGGACAGCUGGCCGCGGUCCACCAGCUCUACUAUGGCACCAAGUACAGGCGCUUCCCACUCUGGCUGGAGGGCUGGCUCCACAGCCGCAAGCAGCUGGGCCUCCUCAGCCUCUUCCUGGCGGCCGUCCACGCUCUCUACAGCGUCUGUCUGCCCCUCAGACGCUCCGAGAGGUACCUGCUGCUCAACAGCGCCUACCAGCAGGUCCACGCUAACGUGGAGAGUGGCUGGAAUGAGGAGGAGGUCUGGAGGGGGGAGAUGUACAUUUCCUUUGGGAUCAUGAGCUUCGGCCUCAUGUCCCUCCUCGGAAUCACCUCCAUCCCCUCGGUCCACAGCGCCCUCAACUGGAGGGAGUUCAGCUUCAUACAGUCCACUCUGGGCUACAUCGCUCUCCUCAUAGCUACCGUCCACGUCCUGCUGUUUGGCUGGAGACGAGCCUUUGAGGGGGCGUCCUACCGUUUCUACCUGCCCCCCAGCUUCGUGGUGGCCCUGGCCCUGCCUGUGUGCGUCCUCCUGGGGAAGGCACUGAUGCUCCUCCCCUGCGUGUCCUCCAGGCUCCACCGGAUCCGGAGGGGCCUGGACAGCGGCCGGGACCAGAACCAGAGGCAGCGUCUGGAGCCGGUGGGCUCGGCUGCCCACGUCUCCCCCGAGAGAGUCACCAUCAUGUGAGGACGGGAGGCUGUUCCCACGGAAACGGACAAGGCUGUAGUAGCUUCUCCUCCUUCCAGUGACCUCCGACCCUGUGUGUCCCGCUCAUAAAUUAAUGUUUCAGCAGGACGUCGUGUUUCCAUCUUCCUUCUUAUUUCUGCUGGUCAGGGUUCAGAUGACUCCGGCUGUAGGAGCCGUCAAUGUAAGUCUUGAAUGUCUGUCUUGUAUGUUUGUACAUGCAAGGAAUUUUACUUGGUGUUUGUUGCAUAAAAAAAUAAACAAAAUAAAAUAACAUCCUAAACAUAUACACGCAAAAUAUAUACACUAUAUAGAGUCUGGAGACGAUCACCUCCACUGCAGAGAGAAUGAUGCCUUACAGUCUGGACCUGGACCUCAGCGGAGGCUGCAGCACCAGGUGGUGAUGGAGUUGGUGAGGAUGGACUCAAUGAUGGAGGUGUAUCAGUGUUGGCAGUUUGAAUUUCUCCAGCUGCUGCAGGAAGUUCAUCCUCUGCUGUACUUUCUUGAUGAGGGCUCUGAUGUUCAGCUCCAUCUGAGGUCCUGGGAGAUGAUGGAGACCAGGUACCAGAAGGACUCCACGGUGUUGACUGUAGGCUCACACAGGGUGAUGGGGAGGAGUGGGGCUGUGUUCUUCCUGUAGUCCACUAUCAUCUCCAGGUUGUUACGGCUGCACCAAGUCACCAGGUGGUCUCUCUCCAUCAGAGAUGAACCAGAUGUCAUCAGCAAACUUCAGGACCUGCACAGACUUUGUGACUGGAGGUGCAGCUGCUUGUGUGCGUGUGCACAUCGUAGUGGUACUUGCGUGGAGGGGUGUCACUGUGGUUGUAUACUCAGAAGCUAACAAGCACCCACCUGUUCACCUGGGCUCGAUUUUAAUCGUGGGGUAUUGAGCGUCAGUAAUUCUGUUGACUGUGUUAAUGUGUUUUUUUUUUUUGUUUUUCUGAGUUUUUCUUUCUUUGCUCUGACACAUGAAAACAACUGGAACCAAAGUGGUUUGUUCAGUGUUGUAAUAGAGAAUAAAAAGAGUUAAACAGA